AUGUUUGCUGUUUCACAGGAGCACAACUUGCUGAUCCAACGCUUCGCCUCAAUCGGCGACUCCUACGCCGCGGGCCUAGGAUCCGGCACACGUCUCGACUGGUCAUGCUCCCGCUACACCUCCUCCUACCCCAACAUCUUACAAACCACACUCCUCGGCCCUAACCCAAACCGCACCCACCAGUUCCUCGCUUGUUCCGGCUCUACCAGCACUGAGAUCUUGGAAACCCAGAUCCCGUCUUUACAGGAUAACCUCGACCUCCUCACCAUCUCCGCCGGCGGAAACGACAUCGGCCUAACCCCCAUACUAAGCAACUGCAUCUACCAAUUCUAUCUGUCGGGCGAAGGUGCAUGUCAGACAGCUAUUAACGAAGCACGAGCUCGGAUAGCAAAUGAAACAGAACUCUACCACAACGUCACACUCCUCCUCAACGCCUCAAAACCAAAGAUGAACCAAGACCACGGCGUGAUAUACUACACAGGCUACGCCUCCUUCUUCGGCGCCUCAGAUUCCACCUGCGACAACAUCACCUGGGCCGUCUGGAAAGACGUCGAAUGGACAAAACAAUACCUCACGCGCGCACUACGCCAGGAGCUAAACGACAUGGUCCGCGCUGUUAACGCUAUUUUAUUCAAGGCCGUUAGGGACUCUGGUCCAAACAUCCGUUUUGUGGAUUGCGAUGCAGAGGUGACCAAAGUACGGGGUCGGUACUGCGAAUCCCGUGUCCUGGAACCAGCUCCUAAUCGCGCUGAUCUUGUCUUUUAUGAAUGGAACACCGUUGAUAUGGGCGAGAAUAGGACGGAGUUGCUGAAUGGGACGGGCGGUGGUGUGCCGAAGGGGUUCGUUUGA